AUGGAGGAUACGUCUGUGUCUGGCCUGGAUAACAGUAAGCUGGAGGCCAUUGCACAUGAGAUCUACACGGAGCUGGUGGAGGGUGCCUGCCUGGGGCUCUUCGAGGUGCACCGCGGUGCCAAGUGCAGCAACUUCUACCUGGAAUGAAUAGAGUCAGGGGCACUGCAGGAUGAAGGGAUUCAGCCACAGACACAUGGUGAGCUGGUAGCAGAUGUAAAUAGAGUCCAGGUCUCACAUGUGUAACCCUCACGGACCAUGACAUGUUGCCUUUUAGGAGCUGAAAGUAGCUAGUUAUGGCACUUCAAGUUAUAUUUUUUUCUUGCAGAAAGGCUGGAAAGAACUCAUCUGGAAUUAACGAUGUGGGCACAAUAUUAAUAUAUCUCAUCACCACCACCACCUGUAAAAUUACGUACAUCUCAAGGGGGUCUUCUCAGGAUUAGCCCAUCCACACAAUUUCUGUACAAUUUCUUUGUACAUCUUUGGGAUGACUGUCAAGACAGAGCUUCUCAAAAACCUCUCUCUCUACCUAGAAGUCUGGCCUUUUCUAUUCAGUCUCUCCACACACACUGCUUGCACGCACUAAGCACCAAUCAGGGCAACAGCAGACAGUCAAAAAUGUGGGAUCCUUGUAACCUCUCCUCUCUGAAACCCUUUCCUCUAACAAAAAUAGAAGGGGCCCAGGCUUCAAAGGCUGCUUCCAAGCCUCCAGUUAGCUACAGAUUUGAUGUUGUAGUGUGGCAACUAUUCAGACAGCCCAGUGCCAUGGGGAAAGGUAUGGGAAGAGCUUUGUACUGCCUGAGCUUGCAGACUGAGUGAUGUGCAGCCGUGGGAGAACACGGAUCUCUUUCUACAAGAGCUCUGACUAGCAGCACUCUCCAGGGGCUAUUUCUCCUUUUGUUUUCCUCUUGGAGACUUUUUUACAGCCAGUGCUUGUUCCAUGUCCUCAGUCUUUUCUGGUGGUCAGGGACCACAUUCUGGACAAAUUGUCAAGGUUUCCUCUGAGC